AUGAGCAAAACCUUAUCUUGCUCCAUCAAAUAUAUUGAUAUUUUGGACUGUGUCCAUUUUCGUUUCAUUGUAUUCUAUUCCAGUUCCACGCAAUUAUAUGCUUACUGUCAUGAUGGCAAUUUAUCUGUAUUUAUAUUCAUUGUAGAACCAGCCAAGAAUAUCCAAGAGGUUGCAAAAUGUUUGAUUGGCUCAGUUGUUCCUGUGAAGGUAAUCCAAGCAGAUGAAGACAGCAGACAAUUAAUAUUUUCUGAAAAAGAAGCGGUCUGGUCUAAGGUUUCUGGACAGAUUAAUGUAGGAGAUAUCUUUCAAGCCAGGGUGGGUUCUGUUGAGGAUUAUGGUGCAUUUGUUCACUUACAAUUUCCUGAUGGAUUGUAUCAUCUUACUGGACUAGUACAUGUAUCUGAGGUUUCAUGGGAUUUGGUUCAAGAUGUAGACAUUCUAAGUGAAAAUGAUGAAGUGAAGGUCAAAGUCAUCAAUAUUGAUAGAGAAAAGUCAAGGAUUACUCUGUCAAUGAAGCAGUUAGAGGAGGAUCCACUUCUUGAAACUUUGGACAAAGUGAUUCCUCAGGAUGGCUCAGUUAAUUCUGAUGCUUCCAGCACUAACAGCAGCAGCAAGAUUGAUCCUCUUCCUGGGCUUGACAUAAUUAUUCAAGAACUACUGCAGGAGGAAGGCAUAGAAGAUGUGAGAAUAAAUCGACAAGGUUUUGAGAAACGGGUGGUUUCGCAGGACCUCCAACUCUGGCUCUCCAACGCACCACCAACAGACAAGAAAUUUAUCCUUCUUGCUCGUGCUGGGAGGCAGGUGCAAGAAAUACAAUUGACAACACUGCUUGAUCAGGACGGAAUUAGGAGGGCACUACAGCGAGUUUUAGAGCGUGUCCCGUGAUGGGCAUGAUAAUUGACUGGACUGUAUUAGGUGGCCAGUGUCUCUGUAGAGGAAGGCUUCUAGCUCUGACCUGCCCAUCUCUUGUUUGAAGCAUUUUACUUGAGCAUUUGUGGUGCCCCGGAACUGGAUUUGUGGUACCCUUUACCACAUUAAGAACACGGGUAUCACAAUUUUGGUAUCGUGUAACACAAAUGAAAUUACGAUGUUCUGUUCAUAAUAGGAUUACGUUCACACUUG